UUUGUCUUUUCCCAUGAAUAUUUAAAAAAGAGAAAAAAUUUAUUCUUUACAGUUCAAAUUGAACGCGAAGUUACGUCAAUGAUUUUUAUUUCAAAAUGACAGGUCAAUGAUUUGCGAGAGAUUGCACCGAUCCGCAGUGUAUCAAGAGCAAAACCAAGAAUCUUGCGCGGCCGGCACCCCGGAAGCGCCGAUUGCGCGCGUCGAUGGAGAGACGUCGCGACGCGCCGACGUGGUCGCUUUCGCCCGUUUCCUCUCUCCCUCGCUCUCCUUACCCGUCGACUUUAGCACGUGGCAUCAAAGAGAAGGAUAUACAUCGGGGUGGUCGGUCUUCCCGGCCAAACGGCGACGACCCUCGCUCGUCGUCGUUCAUUCGCGCGCGCGGAUUCGAGAAGUUCUCUCGCAAGUCGAAUUAACAUCGUCCCUUUCGUCUCGUCGACCCUAAGUGAACAUCGAAGUACCUCGCGGCGUAAUCAAAUCCAUUCCAAGCGCGGUUUUAGAUCGGACGGAGUUCCGCCGUAUGGGAUUCACAUUCGCUAAGUUCGCGCUGAAGAGAUCUCGGCAUCGUUGCCGUCUGGAUCCUCGAUCGCUCUCCGACACGAGGGACGAACAUGAAAGUCAGUUGAUUUUAUCCCUUAAACGAGCUUAAGAUGGAUACGUCAUCGGGUAACACAUGUCUAUCCGCUAUGUGAUUUAUUGGAGCACACCUUUCGGUACCUUAAUCUCCAUCUUUUCGCUACCGCGCUUCUCGCAAACGCCAAAUGGAGCAAAAUGAAGAAUGCGCAACUACGUCACGAAGUGCUUCACUUCAGUGAAGUAAUAGUUUGCUACACAAAGGUUGCAAGGAAGAGCACUUCUAGAAGAGAAAAGAGGCACAAGAAAGCGAUGGAUAGUAGAUCGAUUGAACAAAAACGAUUUUCAGUCAGAACCACCAUUACCAUGAAAUCGCAAAGGAAAACCUGGCAGUUCAACGAAAUCGACAAACUCACUUGAACUAGAUUCUUUUUCUCUCAUCUAAAAAAUAAAUCCCGAACGAGGAAAAAAAUAAAAGUACUCGGGAGGAAGAGGAGGAAUGGGCCUUUUGGCCUUUAACGUAUCACUCAUCCUCGUGUCAACUCUAGGUCUUCUCCUGAAUGGUUACGUUCUUCUUGUCGUUCUUGGUCUCAGUAAACAGACGCAACAGCAACAAACGGCGAAUACUUUAUUGCUGAUCCACUUGGGUAUCGUGGAAGCCGCGGUGUGCCUGAUACUACUGAUCUUCACGAUCUUAUCGCCAGACGUGUCCGAUACGUGGUGUAUUCUUCAUGGGUUUUUACUAGCGUUGCUACAUCCAGUCGCCCUUUGGACUGUCACCGGAUUGAACUGUGACAGGUAUUACGCGAUCGCCGCACCGCUGCACUACGCCGCCCUGGUCUCGCCGCGUCGCGUGAUUGUCGGGCUGGCUGCCUCUUGGAUGGGCGCUCUGCUCCUUUGUCUGCCGCCGUUCUCGGGUCUGGUGCCACCUUAUAGAUAUAAUCAAGGAUUGGGUUGCUGCGCCCCGGAUUUCGGUAACAGCACUUGGGGAUCCGCCGCCGCGCUCUACAGCGCUGCUUAUGCCAUUCUGGGCCUAGGGCUACCGGCCGUUCUCGUGACAGUCUGCAAUUUACGCGUGUUGGGCAUAGCGCGAUAUCACCGUCACCGUAUCGCCAGCGCGAUCUAUGAGGUCACCUUAAGUGCCCAGGUGACCAUCACUCAUCAGCGAAAUCCAUUUUUCGUGCCAACCGUCACCGCACCCUCUGCCGGCGGACCACCACGUUUCCACAGUGCCGCCAGCACGGUGAUGCAGCUAGUCGGCUCUCUGUACCUGCUCUAUUUUCCGUAUUGUGGGUUUAUCCUCUGGGAGGCUUGCGGCGCCGGUAAUCAGCACUGUCUUCACCCGCAUCCUAAGCUCGCCUCUUUAGCGUGGCUACUUCUCGCGUGCUCACCACCCAUCAACAGUCUCCUCUACGGCCUGAAAUCGCAAACUCUGCGACGAUCCGUGCAGAACUACUGGCGGAAAAAGGCAACAAAAUCGGAAUUACAGCAGGAGAUACAGGCUAGAACGCCGAGCGUCGCGGGCUCCAGGCGACCUUCCGGAAGCGGAAAUACUUCCUUCUUCCCAUUUCCGCCUCUUCAGCGAAGGCUCAGCGAGGCGUUAUUGGCCCUCGGCUCGUGCAGGACCGGGGGUAGUUUUGAAAGUAAUAAUCUGGGGUUCCAGCGCGGCAGAUUGCAGCCCGCCGUCUCAUGUAAUACUCUUAGAGUGCCGACCGCUGAAUCAGGUGAGCCGAGCAAAUUGGUGAGGGCGAGCGCGAGUGCUGUCAGUCUGAUGGGUCCCCAUUAUCGAAGCGACUUUAUCGGGGCGGAUUUGGGCGCGGGAUGCUCCGUAGCUAUGUGCGAGACCCCGAAGAAAAGCCCGAGGAUCCUCAUAACGCGCGCGUACAGCGAAGAGAGCCAAGACGGAGGCAGCCCCCUUCUGAGAAAGCCUCUUAAUUCCAAUACUAAUCCACCACCGUGCGAAAAACGUCGAUGGCGACACUGCAGCACCGGAAGCGAGAGCAGUACGGGUAGUAGCGAUGCGAGCGUAUGGACCACCGGCGUGGCUCCAAAGUAUAGCAAGGGCAACGCGAAGAACUCAAACGGCUGGUCGUCACGUACGCGACACGUACGCGGCAAAAAUUUGGAAGAAGGUGCACUGUCAACUGCGACCAGGCCGAAUAAUAACAGCGAAAGCAGCGAUACCACGGAUACGACUACGGCUACGACGACAACUACCACGCUGCUUAAAUCUCUCGCCAUGGAGACUGGCGAACAGAUUGAAAAAAAGAAGGAAAGCGUGAAUGGCAAUAUGAAGAAAAGAGAGUUCAGCGAGAGCGAGAGCAGUUGGAGCAGCGUCGAAGAAAUUGAAAUCAAGGCUGAAAGGAACGAUGAGGACGACAAUCUUGAGGGGUCAAAGGAGGAUCCGCAGACGAGGCCUCCGCGACAAAAGUCGAAAAGCAGCAAUCGCAAACUCGAAGUUUCCGAAGACCGCGAGGAGGCUGCGCAGCUGAGGCCUCUUCUAACUCCCUUCUCUUAAGCCUAUCUUCUUAAAUGUGUAAUAUUUUCCUUUAUAAAUUUGUUUGGUGUGUAUGCGUACGUGCGUGUGUGUAUGAAUGAAAUUUCAUUGCGUGUACUAAGCGACACUAAUGUCGUUUACAGAAAAUUUCGCAAUAAGCGAUCAUUAAAUCGUGACGAGUUUAUUUUAAGAAUUUGCGGAAAUAAAAUUAACCGAUGAACUGCGAUAAAAAGGUUACUUUGAUAACUUGCAUUAAUGAUAUAUAUUCGUGUUUGCGACACGAGAACGUAAAGGAAGAGUUUGACAAUUUUAUUCAAAAGUGUACGUUUUUCGUAAGCUGAUCUCAAUCGCCUGUCACUUGUCCUAAUGCACUGUAAAAAGUUUAAGAAGGAGAUAUGGAUUUAAUCUUCGCAGAUCUUUAUAUGCUCGACGUUAAUAUAUCGACAUAUCCUGAAAUUAUAUUUUUGUACUUUCACUCUGUAACAUUAUGUGACGCAAUAAUGACACGAGACCAUCCUUUACAACAAAAACCGAAGAACCGAUUAAUACAUCGACGAACUCAAUUUCGAGAAAUUUGUUCGUUCGUUCCACAAAAUUAAUCGAUGACAGUUUUCGAUCAAAUACCAAUAAAAGUUUGCGUCAGCGAUGAAUUCGCAAAAACACGUUAUCUACGAAAGUUCCGAUCCAAUUUGUCUUUAAUUUAUUAAAACAAGUCAUAAAGACUCAUAGAAGAACGGAGAACAACGGACAGAAAUCGAACACCCGAGAAAGUUCUUUUGAUAGAAAAUGAUAACAUAAUUACGUUGGAAUCAAAGAAACGAAUUCUGAGGAAUGUUUGAACGUUUCGUUCUAUCAGGCGCCGAGUUGUACUAUUAAAGAAAAAAGCUAAAUCUCACGUGAUCUCUCUAUUUUUUGUAAAUGUCCAGUUUCGCUCAGUAGUUAUAAUCGCAUUUAUUGCGACGUAAAUUCCAUGUUUUUUUUUUGUGAUGUCUACGAUAACUAUUAGCAACGUAGAUAACGCUACAAUUAGCCGUUGGAAUUGAUGCUCCAAAAAAACUGCUUAGGGCAUAUAUGUACGUACAAAUCUAUGUGUACAAAUAUCCUCGACGUUUUCUAUGAACGUUUGACAAUGUGAUUUUAGUAGAAACAUUUUCAAUAAGAGAAACGUGUUAGAAG